AUGGAUAAGGAUGACCAGCAGUUGAUGCAUAUGACCAUUGAUGGUCAGGUCAUUGACGUUUAUAUCCCUGCCAUUGCUACUGCCUGCCGAUGCCUCCAUAUUUCUCCAUUGGCUGCCUUUGAAGGCAAUACAUUUUCAGACCGGGUUGAUAUUGAUCCCCGAUAUUGGUUCUUAGAUUUUGUGUUACAUCUCAAUGCCUUCCCUUCAGGACAUGGUGAUGAUGGAAGCUUCUCUUCAGGAAAUACUGGGGAAGAAGUCCACCAGCUUCAAGAAAAGCAGAAUCAAAACCACUUCAACGGCCCGAAUUCAGUACCUUCCAUCACUGCAACAAACAGCAAUGGUUCCACCUCCCAGCAACAGCCACCUAAGAAGAAAAGAAAUCUUCCAGGCACGCCAGAUCCAAGUGCGGAAGUUAUUGCUCUAUCACCUACAACACUAAUGGCAACAAACCGGUUUGUGUGUGAGAUUUGUAACAAGGGGUUCCAAAGGGACCAAAACCUGCAGCUACAUCGGAGAGGUCACAAUCUUCCAUGGAAGCUCAGGCAACGAACAAGCACCGAAGUAAGGAAGAGAGUGUACAUAUGCCCCGAGCCAUCAUGUGUCCACCACAACCCGGCUCGCGCUUUAGGAGACCUUACAGGCAUCAAGAAACACUAUAGCCGGAAACACGGAGAAAAGAAAUGGAAAUGUGACAAGUGCUCGAAGAAGUAUGCAGUGCAAUCCGAUUGGAAGGCUCAUCAGAAGACCUGUGGCACUAGGGAAUACAAAUGUGAUUGUGGAACCAUCUUCUCUAGGAGAGAUAGCUUUAUUACACACAGAGCUUUCUGUGAUGCAUUAGCUGAAGAAAACAACAAAGUAAACCAAGGACUAAUGACCAACAUGGGACCUAACUUACAAAGCCAAAUGCCUGAGCUCAUGUCCACUAUGCCCAUAAACAGCAGCACCAAUACAUCUAUGGGAAUGUCGGAAUUCGGCAACUAUGAUCCAAAAAACCCGCUCAAAUCUCUACCCCAAGAGCUUGUGCCGAUGCCCUUUAAGCCCAUGAACAUGGCAAGUGGAGGCAUGUUCUCAAGCAGUUCAGGUAGCCUCUUUGGUGGUCCAAAAAACAUUGCUUCAUCUUCCUCUAGCCUUCAACUAAGCUCAAAUAGCUCAUCAGGCUUCAACUACCUUCAAGAUAGCAAAAAUGGCGCCCAACUUCCCGGUUCGGCUCACAUGUCUGCCACUGCAUUGUUGCAGAAAGCGGCACAGAUGGGUGCAACUGCAAGCAACAGUAUCAACUCCCCUAUGAUGCAGAAAAGUUUUGUGAGUAGUAUGGCAGGUCCUGAUCAGCUCUCUGGCAUGAGAUCACCAUCUUAUGGUGCAAUUCAGCAACAUAACAACUCGUAUGAACACUUCCAAACACAUCCUGAUCAGUCAACUUUGGUAGGGAUCAAUGGUGGAGGAUUCACAAACCAGCUCCUGCAAAAGGGUUCCCAAGAAAUGUCGUCCUUGUUCGACUCUGGGACCUCUAGCUCGGCCAUGAAUGAUAUAGGAAUGUUCAGUGGAUUGUUAGUGGGUAGUGAUCAAAACCCUGGGUUCAUGAAGAACAUGGAACAUGUGGAUGGUAAUGGUUCUAGUAUGAUACUGCAGGGAAGAAGUGUGAUGGGCCGGGGCCCAACAGGCCCGUCGCGGUUUGGAGGAGGUGGUGGUGGUGGUGGUGGUGGAGGCGGCGGGGAUGAUAUGAUGACUGUCGAUUUUUUGGGGAUCGGAGGAUCAAGGCCCCCGAAUUUGCAUGAGCAGCAGCAGCAGCAACAACAACAAAGAUUGGACUUAGAAGUAAUGAGUCAACAGAGAAUGCAAGUAAUAAAUCCUUUCCAUCAACAGCUCUCACGUGGUGAAACAGCCAUGGAAAAAUCCAUGUGGGAUGUUUGAGAGUAGUAUAUGUUUGACGUUUCUUCCUUAAAGCUACAAAGCAAGCCAUGAGGGGAACCAAGUUUCUUACUACAAUAUGAGAGAGUGAGAAGCUAGACAAUGGUUUAUGGCAUGACCGCUGUCAAUGAAAUUGUUACAUAGGCUUAGGCCCUGCAAAGCAUCACCUUACAUGGGCCUGACUGAUCAGUCGAACUGACCCUUGUUCAUGAUCCAGUGGGUAGGUGUCUCUAGUCCUUGAAUAAGCCUGUUUUGAGACCUUUUCUCUUUCAACUUCUCAGAGACUUUUACUAUACAUUUGUCAAGAAAAGUGUACUCGGGAACUAGUACUGCGAAGUUGUAUGUUUAUUAGUCUAUUAUGGAAGCAAUACA